AUUUGGUAUUAUUUGCUAGGAUUUGGUAUUACUCGCCUCAAUACCAACUCAGAGAGAGAUCGUUUGUGUCUUGCUUGGAUUUGGGGUUUCAAUUGCUCAGUGGUGGAGGUGCCCAAAUAAAAAAGCAGGUAUUGACGGGAGUUUUCUCGUAUUUAGCCUUAAAAAAAAAGAAAAAAAAAAGAAGUAAACACCGACCCCGCGAAUACUCACCACGGAAAACAGUCCCCAAAACCCUAGCAGAGAACUCCGGUGCCCACUUCUUCUCCUCUCUCCUCUCUCCUCUCUCCUCUCUUCGAGCUCUGAGAAAGAGAAAGAGAAAAAUGGAGUACGUGAAUCCGCUAACCGGGUUCCGCAUCGACGGGCGCCGUCCCAACGAACUGAGGCAGAUUAAAGGUGAACUCGGCGUCGUCGCAAACGCCGACGGCUCUGCUCUUUUUGAGAUGGGAAAUACGAGGGUCAUUGUUGCUGUGUAUGGACCUCGGGAGGUUCAAAAUAAGAGCCAACAGAAUAACAAUCAAGCGCUGGUAAGGUGCGAGUAUAGCAUGGCAAAUUUUAGUACUGGAGAUCGAACAAGGAGACAAAAGGGUGACAGGCGAUCUACAGAAAUAUCUUUAGUUAUUCGCCAAACAAUGGAGGCAUCCAUACUAACUCAUCUAAUGCCAAGAUCCCAAAUUGAUAUAUUUGUUCAAGUUCUUCAAGCUGAUGGUGGAACGAGAUCAGCGUGCAUCAAUGCCGCAACAUUGGCUCUUGCAGAUGCUGGGAUUCCGAUGCGUGAUAUUGUUACAUCUUGUACUGCUGGAUAUCUUUGUUCCACGCCUUUGCUUGAUUUAAAUUAUGUGGAAGAUAGUGCCGGAGGUCCAGAUGUCACUGUGGGGAUACUAUCUAAGAUGGACAAAGUGACUCUUCUUCAGAUGGAUGCAAAAUUACCAAUGGAUAUUUUUGAGAAUGUUAUGCAACUUGCAAUUGAAGGAUGCAAAGCAAUAGCUAAUUACAUUCGAGAAGUUCUAUUAGAGAACACAAAACAGUUGGAAUCUCGUCGUGGUGGAUAGCUGGUAAAGUUAACAUCACGGAUUGGAGGUGAGCAUUUGAGACCAUUUACAGCUCACGACCUGAAUGAAUUCUGAAAGGGUUCCAAGAUUCGACUGUUCGAGAAUGACUUCUCUCUCUGGAAAGCUAGUUCUUCGCGAAGUCUCCUUCUGUCAAUUUGGUGGCUUGAAAGCAGCAGCGGAUGAAAGGGAUGUUAAUGUUAUAGUUGGUCCCUGUUUUAUCUUUCUUUUUUUACCCCCUUGAUUCCAAGUUCCUGUAACAUUUUUUUAAUGUUAUCCGUUUUGUUAGUCUUUUGGCCUAUUACUUUGUUGUUGUUGUUUUUUUCACAUUUAAAGACAACAUCUUUGUGUCUCAGAUCCUCUGAAACUGAGAAAUUGUAUUUAACCUUUGUAAUUUGAAUUUUAUGCUGUUGAGUAACUGCAAAGUUGGUUUCUUCU